AUGACAGAUCAUAGUCUAGCUAUAAUCUUACAAAAAUUGAGUUCUCUCGAGAAGACUGUUCAAGAAAUUAAAGGAGAGGUAGAGAAUAAUUUGAAGGAGUUAAAAGAUGUCAAAGACAAAGUAGAAAAGCUCAAUGAGAAAGUAAAAAAGCUCGAUGAGAAAGUAAAAAAGCUCGAUGAGAAAGUAAAAAAGCUCGAUAAGAGAAUAGAAAAGCUCGAUGAGAAAGUAGAAAAAUUGCGAACAGAAAAUGGUCAUACUUUUAAAAUGAUAGCUAGAAAUGAGAUUGCUAAAAAACAUGGACAACAUUAUUCGGAAGGUUUCGUAGUCUUUGAUGUAAAUGGUCUCGUUAGGUUAUCCACACCAAAAGAAAAACUUUCGUCCAAAGAAUUGGAAUAUGAUAACCAGGAAAUGAAGUUAAUUGAUAAGUUUGAGAAAAAUCUCAAAAGGGCUAGAGAAGUGUAUCCAAAUUCAAAUUGGGAUAAUCCUUAUUCUCGUGCGGACAAACUCAUAAAAGAAGUUAAGGAAAGAAAAGAUAAGACCUUUAAUUCGCAAUAUGAUGAUGGGUUUGACUUUGUGAAGAAAAAAAAGGGUUACAACUAUUAUAUAAAUCACAUCCCUAUCUAA